AUGGAGCGCGGCCGGGCGCUGCCACCUCGGAGGGGACCCUGGGUGCUGCUGCUGCUGCUGCCGGCGCUGGCGGGGGGACAGCCGCUGGCGGCCGGCGAGGCGGCCUACGAGGAAUGGCGGGCGACGGGCGUGCGAGGCCAGGCCGUGGAGCUGAGCUGCGGGCCGGCGGCCGCGGCCCCGCCGGCCGUGGUCUUCUGGAGCUUCACGCCGCAGGGAGAGGGGGUCCCACGGGCCGUGGCCGUGGGCUCGGGCAGGGAGGUGGCCACGGCCCCCGGCGUGGGGAUGCUGGGCCGGGUGACGCUGCGCAACGGGACGCUGGAGCUGCGGGAGCUGCGGGCGGCCGCCCAGGGCCGCUUCCUCUGCCAGGGGCUCUUCCCAGAGCGGGGCCGGCUCCGCGUGGGCUAUGCCGCCGUCCUCCUGCGUGUCCUGGUGCCUGUCUCCAAGCCCUUCGUGUGGCCGACGGCGGCGGCGGCGGCGGAGGGGGCAGCGGUGGCCCUGACGUGCACCGUGCGGGAGGGGACGGAGCCGCUGAGCUUCUCCUGGCAGCACCAGGAGCCCCGGGGGGGUCCCUCAGUGACCCCUGCGGGGCCGGGGGGCUCCAGGGCAGAGCUGCAGCUGACGCCUGCCAACCGCAGCCACACGGGCUGGUACAUCUGCACCGUGCGCAACGAGGUCAACAACCGCACCAGCGACCCCGUCUACCUGGACAUCGUCUAUGGCCCUGAUGAGCCGGCCAUCCGUGUGGAGCCCUUCUCCCCCGAACAGGGGGGCUUCUCGGCGGGCGAGCGGGAGGACGUGGUGCUGAGCUGCCUGGCUCCCUCCAACCCCCCCAGCCGCUAUGUCUGGCUGCACAACGGUUCCCAGGUGCACGUCGGCCAGACCUACGUCAUCACUGCCAUCGCCCGUGCCCAGGCGGGCACCUACACCUGCCUGGCCGAGAACAGCCACCUGCAGACGCGCACCCAGGCCACCAUCGUCCUCACUGUCUACUAUCCACCAGCCGGGAGCCCCAGCUGCUCUGCCCUGGCCUCCGAUGAUCAGCGGGAUGUGGCCCUGCGGUGCCGCUGGCUGGGGGGCUUCCCCCUGGCCCGGCUGCGCUGGGUGGGCCCCCAGGAGGAGGAGGAGGAGGAGGAGGAAGAGGGGUUGAUGGGGACCAGCUUUUCCAUGGCCACCAGGAUCCAGUCAGGGGCAGCCACCAGGAACGGCAGCUCCUUCUCCUGCCUGGCCUCCCACCCCGCGCUGCCACUGGGGGCUGCAUGUGGGACCACCCUGUGGGUCCCGCCCGGCAGCCCCACCUGCGCGGCGGCGGCCACCAAGGGUGACGAGUACGUGAUGCUGCGGUGCCGGUGGGACGGGGGCACGCCGCCCGUCACCCUGCGCUGGCGGGACGGCGCGGGCCGGGCCCUGGGCGAGCCCGCGCCCUCCACCGCCGUGCUGGUGCUGAGCACCGACGGCGGCCUGGGGGGCCGCGAGUUCGUCUGCGUGGCCGCGCACCCGCUGCGGGCCGCUGCCGCCGAGUGCCGCCUGCGCCUCGGUAAGCCGGAGCCUCCCCGCCGCCCCCGCCGUGCCACGGCGGGCUGGCACCAUCGUGUCCCCCCUUGUCGCCGAGCAGAGGUCCCCGAGCUGCAGGCGGACAGCGAAGUGGCGGUGCUGGAGGGCGGCGAGGCGCAGCUGGCGUGCCGGCAGCGUGGCAGCAGCGCCAGUCUCGGUGCCACCGUGGCUUGGUACGACCCGAAGGAGCGGGAGGUGACACCGGGGCUGGCCAAGUACGGGCUGGAGGAGGGAGAAGCGUGGGUCAACCUCACCGUCCGGGAUGCCGAGUGGCCGGGGGACAGUGGGAUCUACCGCUGCACCGCCACCAAUGCCGUGGGCACCGCCAGCCUCCCCGUCCGCCUCCGGUACCCCGCCCCGCCCAACGUCACCAUCAGUAAGCUGCGGUACACGCGGGCGCGCACCGAGGUGCGGCUGGAGUGGCGGACGCAGGGCGCCGGCAACCUCACCGGCUUCGUGGUGCAGCGGCGCCAAACCAAGAAGCCCCUCCGGGAGACCCCCAGCCCCUGGGAAACAGCCGCCGGCGACAUCGAGCCGCACUCCCGCGACCGGCGCCUGGGGGGGCUGGACCCCGCGGUGCUCUAUGCUUUCCGCGUCCUGGCCGUCAACCACCGCACGGCCGGGCACCCCUCCGAGGUGCAGACGCCAGCCGAGCCUCCCUUCGAGGCCUACCCGGCGGUGACGGGGGCGGCGGUGGCAGGGAUGCUGGUGGCCACCGCAGCAUCGCUCCUGGCCGUGCACUGCAUCGCCCGCCACCGGGAGACCCUCCCGACGGGCACCGGCGAGACCCCGCGCGUUCCGCAGGGCCGGGCCCGGCGCGCAGGAGCCCGCGGGCACCGCGGAGGAUGCUGCAGCAGCCGCGGGCGGGGAGGAGGCAGCAGGGCCAGCGCAGGGACACCCGUGUGCCCCCGGCACGGCAGCAGGUACCGGGCCAGCCGAGGGCUGAGCCACCCGCCCCGCCGACCCAGCCCCUCCUGCGGCGCUCGGGCUCCUCCAGCCCUUGCAGAGCCGCUCUCGGCAGCACCAGGCACCAGCGAUGAGCCGCCAGUUAAUGUCACCAUCACCGUGACAGCGACGCCGUGA